GUAGCUGGCAGAGCGGAAGGGCCUGGGGAACGCUGCUCUGUGUAUUCCUGGGUACCAACUUAAGUGCCCCUCCGGUAGAUGAUGUAGCUCCUGCUCUACCCUUUGGUGCCCAGUGUUCCUUCUUGGCCCUUAUCACCAUGAAGGAGCUUAAUUCCGUCGCUUCUGAGCUGUCUGCACGGCAGGAGGAGAGUGAACAUUCUCAUAAACAUUUAAUUGAACUCCGCCGGGAAUUUAAGAAAAAUGUACCUGAGGAAAUCAGAGAGAUGGUGGCUCCUGUGUUAAAAAGCUUCCAGGCUGAGGUGGUGGCCCUUAGUAAGAGAAGUCAGGAGGCUGAGGCCGCGUUCCUGAGUGUUUACAAGCAGUUGAUUGAAGCGCCAGACCCCGCGCCUGUGUUUGAGGCGGCUCGCGGCCUAGACGACAGACUGCAGCCCCCCGGCCGCGACCCCGGUGGGCAGCCCCGGCGGGACCUCCACACCGCGUGGAAGAGGCACCCCGAGCUGCUGUGCCCCAAAGAGCAGAGAGAGGGGCCGUCUCCAGCGGGGCCCACGCUGACGGAGGGGAGCCGCCCCCCGGGCAUUCCCAGCAAAGCCCUCCUGACAGAAACUUUGCUGCAGGGAAAUGAGGCGGAGAAACAGAAGGGCCUUCAGGAAGUACAGCUCACUCUGGCGGCCAGACUGGGGGAGGCGGAGGAGAAGAUCAAAGUCCUACAUUCAGCGUUAAAGGCCACGCAGACCGAGCUGCUGGAGCUGCGCCGGAAAUACGAUGAGGAAGCGGCAUCCAAGGCAGAUGAAGUCGGCCUGAUCAUGACCAACCUGGAGAAAGCUAAUCAGCGGGCGGAGGCUGCCCAGCGCGAGGUGGAGAGUCUGCGCGAACAGCUCGCCUCUGUCAACAGCUCCAUCCGCCUGGCCUGCUGCUCGCCCCAGGGGCCCAGCGGGGAUAAGGUGAACUUCGCGCUGUGCUCGGGCCCUCGGCUCGAGGCGGCCCUGGCCUGCAAGGACCGGGAGAUCCUGCGGCUGCUGAAGGACGUCCAGCUGCUCCAGAGCUCACUGCAGGAGCUGGAGGACUCAUCCGCGAGCCAGAUCGCUGACCUGGAGCGGCAGCUCACCGCCAAGUCCGAAGCCAUCGAGAAGCUGGAGGAGAAACUCCAGGCGCAGUCUGACUACGAAGAGAUUAAGACAGAGCUGAGGGACACGGCGGAGAUCGCCUUCCAGGUCAAGGAGCAGCUGCUGAAGCACAACAUCGGGCAGCGGGUGUUCGGCCACUACGUGCUGGGGCUGUCGCAGGGCUCGGUCAGUGAGAUCCUGGCCCGGCCCAAGGCCUGGCGCAAGCUCACGGUGAAGGGCAAGGAGCCCUUCAUCAAGAUGAAGCAGUUCCUGUCGGACGAGCAGAACGUGCUGGCCCUGCGGACCAUCCAGGUGCGGCAGCGAGGCAGCAUCACCCCAAGAAUCCGCACGCCGGAGACAGGCUCUGACGAUGCCAUCAAGAGCAUCCUGGAGCAGGCCAAGAAGGAGAUCGAGUCGCAGAAGGGGGGUGAGCCCAAGAGCUCCACAGCCCCCCUGAGCAUGGCCAACGGCUCAGCCUCUGCCAGCACCUCGGAAGACGCCAUCAAGAACAUUCUGGAACAGGCACGCCGGGAGAUGCAGGCAGAGCAGCAGGCCCUGCUGGAGGUGGAGGCCGGCCCCCGGGGCCGCUCCGUGCCGCCCUCGCCCCCCGAGCGGCCCGCGCCGGCCGCCGGGAGCCGGAACGGGGCCCCGGCCCCCGUCAAGCAGGAGGACAGCACCAGCAGCGGCGCCACGCAGACGUCCCUCGCCGUGCUGUGCCCGGCCGCCUUCGUGCAGAGCAUCAUCCGGAAGGUCAAGUCCGAGAUCGGCGACGCCGGCUACUUCGACCACCACUGGGCCUCGGACCGCGGCCUCCUGAGCCGGCCCUACGCCUCUGUCUCACCCUCGCUGUCCUCCUCCUCGUCCAGCUACUCCGGCCAGCCCAACGGACGGGCCUGGCCCCGGGGGGACGAGGCGCCCCCGGCCCCCGAGGAUGAAGGGGCCGGGGGUGAUGACGAGCCUGCCCGGGUGGGGGAGCUCAAGGCCGAAGGGGGCGCCCCCGAGGCUGCCGGCGGGCGGCUGGCCUACUACCCGGCCUACGUGCCCCGCACGCUGAAGCCCACGGUGCCCCCCCUGACUCCUGAGCAGUACGAGCUCUACAUGUACCGGGAGGUGGACACGCUGGAGCUGACGCGCCAGGUCAAGGAGAAGCUGGCCAAGAACGGGAUCUGCCAGAGGAUCUUCGGGGAGAAGGUGCUGGGCCUGUCGCAGGGCAGUGUGAGCGACAUGCUGUCCCGGCCCAAGCCGUGGAGUAAGCUGACCCAGAAGGGGCGGGAGCCCUUCAUCCGCAUGCAGCUGUGGCUCUCAGACCAGCUCGGCCAGGCCGCGGGCCAGCAGCCCAGAGCCCCCCAGGGGCAGCGGCUGUUUGGGGAGAGCAUCCUGGGGCUGACGCAAGGCUCCGUGUCCGACCUGCUGUCGCGGCCCAAGCCCUGGCACAAGCUGAGCCUGAAGGGGCGGGAGCCCUUCGUGCGCAUGCAGCUCUGGCUGAACGACCCCCAGAACGUGGAGAAGCUGAGGGACAUGAAGAAGCUGGAGAAGAAGGGUGAGCCCUGGCAGCCCGCGGCCUCCCGAGCUGCAGCCCCGCGGUGUGGCCGAAACGAUGAGACGCUGAGUCAGUGGCACGUGCUGGCCCCCGGGACGGUUGCAGGACCGUCCACUCACUGCACUCUGGAACCGGCCGUCUGGGUUCAAGUCCUGACACUUCCCUGUGUGGCUCGGGGCACGUCGCUCACCCUCUCUGAGCCUCGUUCCCUCCUCUGUGGAGUGCAGAUCAGACACAGCACCACCUUCCAGAGCCGCUCAAGGGGCCCGUUAAAUGCUGCAUGUGAAGCACUCAGGGCCUGUGAGCUCCAGGGCACGGGUGGGGCACCGUGCCAUCCCCUGACUCGGCGGGGCUCGGCCGCAGCCCCCACCCCGCCCUCCGCUCAUCGCCAUCUCUGCCCCAGGUCCCGGAUGCGCCGGGAGAUGUUGGUGGAGGGCACCCAGGAUGAGCCAGACCUUGACUCCAGCGGGGGCCCUGGAGUCCUCCCGCCAAGCCACCCCCACCCAGACCCCACACCCGGGAGCCCCGACUCCGAGGCCGAGGACCGGAAACCUCCGGCGACAGAGCCAGAGCUCCGCGAGGGCCCCGAGGACAGCGCGGCGGCCCCGGGCGCCCGGGACGAGGCCCGAGUGAGGAUCAAGCAGGAGCAGACAGAGGAGGCCGGCAGCCAGCCUCGGGACGCGGGGGAGCCGGACAGGGACCAGGGCUCCCCGAGAGGGGCGCCUCCGGACCCCCCGGGGAGCGAGGGCAGACCGCCCCUGCCCGGUGGGCCCAGCCCAGACUGCGCCUUGGCACAGCACGCCCAGGAGGGCGAGGCAGGGGGGCGAGCGCGCCCCGACCCCCUCAGUUUCAAGUCGGCCUCGGCGUCCUCGCGCUGCAGCCUGGAGGUGUCUCUGAACUCCCCGUCGGCCGCCUCCUCCCCCGGCCUCCUGGGGUCUGUGUCCCCGGUGCCCUCCUCCUCGGCCCCCGUCUCCCCGUCCCCGCCCCGGGGCCCCCCCGCCAAAGUGCCGAGCGCCAGCCCCACCGCCGACACAGCCGGGGCCUUGCACCCCAGCGCCAAGGCGAACCCCAGCUUGCAGCGGCGGCACGAGAAGAUGGCCAACCUGAACAGCAUCAUCUACCGGCUGGAGCGGGCGGCCAACCGCGAGGAGGCCCUGGAGUGGGAGUUCUGAGGGCCGCGCCGCCC